AUGAACGGCUGGGACGAGAAGCACGGCAUGGAUGACGACGCCUUCGGGGCGAAGGGGAAUAUUGUCAGCGCUUUCGAUGCUUUCCCCAAGGCGAAACCCCAAUAUGUAACGCGGACGUCGGGCGGCGGCAAGUGGACUGUCGCCAUGGCAGUGAUAUCACUCUUCCUCUUCUGGACCGAGGUCGGUCGCUGGUGGCGCGGUUCUGAAACGCACACCUUCGCCGUUGAGAAGGGAGUUGGACACGAGAUGCAGAUCAACUUGGACAUCGUGGUGCGCAUGCACUGCGACGACCUCCACAUCAACGUGCAGGACGCCGCCGGCGACCGCAUCCUUGCGGCCAGCAAGCUCAAGCGCGACAAGACGAACUGGUCGCAGUGGGUCGACAACAAGGGUAUCCACCGCCUGGGCAGAGACACCAAGGGCAGGAUCGUGACGGGCGAGGGGUGGCAGGAGGAGGAGGGCUUCGGCGAGGAGCACGUCCACGACAUUGUUGCCAUUGGAAAGAAGAGGGCCAAGUGGGCCAAGACACCGAAGCUUUGGGGCGAGGGUGACAGCUGCCGCAUCUACGGCAACUUGGACGUGAACAGGGUGCAGGGCGAUUUCCACAUCACCGCGAGAGGUCACGGAUACAUGGAGUUUGGGGAGCACCUUGACCAUGCUGCUUUCAACUUCUCGCACAUCAUCUCCGAGAUGUCGUUCGGCCCCUUCUACCCCUCGCUUGUCAACCCUCUGGACCGAACCGUCAACGCCGCCAGAAUCAACUUCCACAAGUUCCAGUACUACCUCUCUGUUGUGCCCACCGUCUACACCGUCGGCAAGUCGGCGUCCACCUCCAACACCAUCUUCACGAACCAGUACGCCGUUACCGAGCAGAGCAAGGAGGUCGACGACCACAACGUGCCCGGCAUCUUCUUCAAGUACGACAUCGAGCCGAUUCUGCUGUCCGUGGAGGAGUCUAGGGACGGCUUCUUGCAGUUCCUGAUGAAGAUUGUCAACGUUGUUAGUGGCGUGCUCGUCGCCGGCCACUGGGGCUACACCCUCACUGAGUGGUUCAAGGAGGUGAGGGGCAAGAGAAGAGAGAGGAACGAGGGUUUUAUUGGCACGAAGAAUCAGUAUGACCAGUAG